GUUGAAAUUGCCAGAGGGUGGGUCAUGCUAGAUAUAUCUUACAUUAAUAUCAUUAUAACAUCAAGAAGGUUUUGUGCGAAGAGAUGGGAGUGGCAGUUUCCAAGGAACUUGCAGAAUGUGAUGCAGCUGAUAACAGAGAAGCACAAAGUGCUGGUGCUGCUGGUGCUGCAAAAAGAACCUUACUUGAGUUAUCUAGGCUUGUAGGACCAGAGAGUAAUGGCCUGUACCAAGUCCCGCUGGUCGGGCAACAAGCAUAUCAUCUAGAUACCAACCAUUGCUUUGUUGGUGCGCCCAGUUCUGCUCCAAAGAAGGUGAUAUUACUGAUGGGGAAAACAGGCGCCGGUAAGAGCACUAUUGCGAAUUGGCUAUUGAACUAUGUAUAUGGCGUUGAGUUCUGGGAUAGCUAUCGAUUCCAGCUCAUCAAACAGGCUACCCAGGUCACCAGCGAUACAAAUAAAGUCACCUCCUACACGAUCAACCAUCAACCUGGAAUGAGGAUCAACUACAGUCUCACCAUUGUGGACUCGCCGGGCUUUCAGUCUACAGGGGGAAUGGCAGCCGAUCAGCACAUCAGAGAGCAGCUCGAAGAAUAUUUCGGCGUGCCUCAGGUUGAUAGAGAAGUCGAUGACAUUCACAGUAUUCACGGUGUUUGUGUCCUUGUCACUGCGGCUACGCAAAAACUAACCGCGUCUGAAGAGUACGUUUUUAAAUGCAUCAAGGAGGUCUUUGGAGCCGAUAUAGGAGAAAAUAUUUCAAUUUUGUUCACAUUUUCUGAUCAGUGUGAGUCCUCAGCCAAAAAAGUCGUGGAGGAGGCACAUUUGCCAUAUAGUGCGGACUUCUACUUCAACAACGGGGACAUUUUAAAAGUACCAGCCAGGGAAGGAAACGAACGUUACAAUAUGCUAUCCAAGUUUUGGUGGGAGGAAAGAGAGAACCAGACAAGCAAAUUCUUUGAAACGUUGGAUAAUAUGCCGGCCAAGACAUCGAAGAUGACAAGAGCUACCUUGGGUGAGAGAUUAAAGGUUGAAAGAUCUGUCAGCUCCCUCGAAACGCAGAUUGGGAGUAAACUCAAUGAGCUGAACUUAAUCACGGGUAUGCAGGACGUGGUAAGGAAGAACACUAGCCAGAUCAAUGACAAAGAUACGUUCACGCUCCUCUUCCAAGUGGAAUCUCUGGAUACAGUACCUUUGACGGAUGGUUCUAAAGCGACGAAUUGCCAAACCUGCAAAUUUACUUGUCACGUACCGUGUUGCACGACUGAUGACCGGAGCCGGAGCAAAUGCUUAGCCAUGACGCCAGGUGGAAUGUGCAGACAUUGUCCAGAUAAGUGUAGUCACACGAAGCACACCUCUGAUAGCUAUGUCUACGAGCGAAAGCUAAAAACCGUGGAAAAGUCGUCUGAGACAUUGCUGAGUGAGUUUGCUGUAACCGUCGACGACAUCCUGACAGGGUCAUCACGCUCUGAACAGGUUUUGAACCAUCUCAAAACCCCCCUAAAGAAGGUGCUGCAGGAUAUCGCAGAAAAGGUGAAAGAAAUUCAAGAAAGCCUGGACACGCUAGAAGAGGUUGCCUUGGCAAAGGUGCCCAAGGACGCCUCCAAAUAUAUCGAGCUGUUGAUAAGCAUGGAGGAGGGCUGUGGAAAACCAGGAUACAAGGAUCGAAUCCGAAUGCUGCGAGAUGAGAGGCACAAACAGGAGAUUCUGAGGCUGAUCUACUCCGCUCGUAGGUCCAGUGAAGGGCAUGCAGUUGCAGGGACAUAAAUCAUCAUCCGGGAUAUAAUUAGACAAUCCCUAAAAUACGGUACCGGUAUUUGCCAGUAUCGUAGCAGAAUAUAAAACACACAUGCAGAUAGGUGCAUUUCAAUACAAUGUACCAAAAAUACGGUAUUUGCCAGUAUCGUAUAGAAGAAUACAAAAGACGCAAACGUGCAUUAUUACUAUUAGAGCAUAUAAUUUUAUUUUCAGUUUGUCGGCCCCGGCCUUCGUCUUACGUAGUUGUAGUAUAUUGUUACUGCUUAACAGUAGAUUCUGACCCAAAAUAUAAUUUUGCCCGAUGUGCCUCAAUUAUUUGAGGCAAAAAGUGCUAAUUACAAGAAACUAAAAAAAUCCAGAAGUAUUAUCAUAUACCCCUUUUUUAAUUUCUUGUAAUUAGUACUUUUCCCCCCAAUCCCUGAGUGGUGUGCACUUUUACGACGGCGUUCCAACCAAAGAAUAAAUGUUUAAUCAUAGGCCGGGGUCUAUUUGGCAAGCCGCUCGCCGAACAGGCAUCUUUUUUUGUCCUGUUUGGAGAGCCGCUUGCCAAACAGCACUAAAAAGCCACCCUGUUCGGCCAGCCGGGCUUGCCAAACAGGUAAAAAAUCUACCCUGUUUGGCGAGCUGGAGACUUUACUUUAAUAUAAUUAAUGAGUUCGGCUCUCCAUUCAGGACAAGAAAAAGUCGCUGUUUGGUAAGCCGGGCUUGCCAAGUAGUCACUUCCUUCAUCAUAAUGUCUCGGGCAUGUUCGGUCACAGUGGCACUGGUUUUAACUUGUGGAAAACUAAUGUCUACGGUACCCAAAUUGAAUAGGUUAGAACUUUGCUUGUGAGAGAACCUCUGGACUAAUACAUUAUACCAUUUAUCGAACUGUCAUCAUUUGUCAUUUUAUAAGCCACACUAUUUUUAAAAAGCGAAAUAAUUUAUUGGAAUUCCGACAUUCAAUAUGAAUAAAAUACUUUCUUUAGAUAUGAUAAUUUCAACAAUAUAUCGUCAGGUGAGGGGCAACCGUGUAACGGGUCAGUGGUCUGUGCAAAUAGUUUUCUCGUGUACGCGCACUCUUAAAAUUAACUCUUAUUUUACAAUAAGCCCCCCUUUUAGAGUACUUCCUGUUACACCGAUGUUUCAACUAUCGAAAUAGUAAUUCUUUACCAUAUGUCAAGCUAGAACAACUUGUUAUUGGUUAGUUUCACAACUAUUUUUACUUAUUUCACAAUUGAUGCAAUCGGAACUACCAGAUUACUCGUUUUACUAACAAAUUCUAAUAGAGUGCACAACACCGUCUCUUUCUGCGGCCGCUCUGUCGCGGGGACAUAAUCGCACUUUCAUUGACUUUACAUUGGGUGAUUGUGAAAGGGGUCUCCGACCCAGAGGAACAGUGAGGAGAACAGAAGAUGCUGGAAAUCAUGUCGCCUGGAUGUACUUUGUCUUCCACGGCGCAUCGGGUGACUUUGCCGCAUACCUUAAGAUCCUCCCACCAUGAUGUCCCAUUUGUCUUAGACUUUCUAUCUACUUUCAACUACCCCGAGGUGCUGUUGGAAGGAUGUUUUGCACUCACACUGAUAUAUCAUCCUCCAGUCGUCUGGAUAUAAGGUUUCAUCAUUAGCAUUUAACGUCCCUCGGUCGCCUUGAUGCACCUUUCAUCCUCACUUUAUAUUGUCCUCUUUACGCCAGGAUGUACCUUUCAUCCUCAACUUUAUACUGUCCUCAAGUGUCAAGGAUGUACCAAUCACCCACACCUUUGUAAUCACCCUGCAUCCAUCUGCAGAUUGAUCUAACCAUCUUGACCAAAGCAUGA